UUCAUGGGCAAUGACACGAUUGGAUUUUUGUAAUUUCAAAACAAUUUAAAAAUGAAAGCGAAAUGAAGAUAAAAUAAUUCUUGAUAUCGUAGUAAAUUUUAUGUUGAGCCAAAAAAUCGCACAAUUGAAAGUUUUAUUUAUUCGAAUAAAAAGUUAAUCUAACUAGAAAAUGAAUGUUUUUAUGGGAAACCAGCAUUAUACCAUCAUUAAUCUUACCUUUGACAGAUGCCAUUGGAAGAUACGGCAUUAGCAUGACUAGGCGUUUGUUUUCUGAUGCUGAAAGUUGAAGAAAGCUGACGCUCUUUCUAGAAUCCUACUUAUGGAUGGUAAAAGAUCUAUAAAAAUGGAUCCUCUUUCACCGGGCCCUUGCCUGGAUAUCAGUGACGAUGAGCUCGUUUCAAUAUCAGUACGCGACCUGAAUCGCCAACUAAAGCUUAGAGGUCUUUCUCGCGACGAGAUAGUGCGUAUGAAACAGCGACGAAGAACGUUAAAAAAUCGAGGCUAUGCCGCCAGUUGUCGGAUUAAGCGCAUCGAGCAAAAGGAUGAACUGGAGACUGAAAAAACUCAGGAAUACAGAGACAUGGAAGCAAUGCAGGACGAUAAUAACAGAAUGCGAGAGGAAAUUGAAUCUUGGCAUUCUAAAUAUUUGGCCUUAAAAAAAUUCGCUUUGCAAGAAAAAAUCCAUCUUCCAUCUGAAUUGGAAACGAUGUAAAUUAUCACUGUUAAUCUAUUAUAGUUGCUCUAAUUACACAUUAAUUUAGUAAAAUUCAAUAUUGAAAGCACUCGGAUGAGGGGAAUAAAGUAUUUCGUUUUUAUAAUGUUUUAAGUUUUUAGUUAAGUUAUCUCAGUGUUUUACAAAAUCUUGUCUCUUACGUGAUUAAUCAACAUGAUCGGAAAGACUAUAAAAACUACCUCUUGUGUCCUUCAGUGUUCCAUGACGAUUAACACUUUUUAAAAUAGAUAGAAAAUUAAAAAAAAAAUGUGCUGAAUUGUAUGGAAAUAUACGGAGUAAACGUGAACCUCAUUCUAUAAAUAGAAAA